UCAAAAUCCAUCCACUAAGCUUGUAAUCCCAGCCUAAUUUUAGGUAUCAUAGCUUUGGUAGCAAUGGCAUAAGCUCUGGCGGCCCAAACAUGUGAAAGUGAUUUCUAUUGGGUCCCACAUAUUUUUUUGUUUUGUUUUUUGAAGUUAACUACUGAGGGCCGUUUGAUCUUCCUAGUUCUAAAAGUAGCCGUUCAAAUUUCAAAAAACCCUCCCCAAUAGUCGACCGUUGGAAGAGGGAGGGAAUAGUUGUUCCAAUUUUUUAACUCUCAGCGGCGACUUCAAGCGAAAGACUCAAAUCUAAACAGCACUUAGCUUUAGCUCACUCAGGCCAAAAGUUUUUAUCAAAAAUUCUAUGGAUUGCAACUAAAAUCAUACCCCCAAAUUCUCUGUGGUACUUCGGAUUCGGAAACUGCAACAAGAAAUACACUCAAAUAACAGAAAUGAUAUCCAUGGCCACGAGGCGCCAUGGUUGGCAACGCCCUCUCCACCCUUUACAGAUGAUAGGAAUGGCAGUUUACAGUUUUCUGGUUGUGACCUUCUAUACAUUCCUUGGACUUUUCCUUGGAAACAGAAUUGCUGAAAUUACAGUCACUGCAAUCUUUACUUUUGUGGCAGUUCCAGUUAUGUUCCUGUUUGUUAGGUGUACUGCCAUUGAUCCGACUGAUAAGACCAGGUUUAGGAAGAAGAAAAGAGCUAAAUCAGAUGGGUUUCCAAAGUUAAAUUAUUGGUUUAUAUUGAAUCAAAUAAUCAUGAGGUUUUUUAGAAGGAUGGAAAGAAAGAUCCUUAAAACCUUUAUAAGGAGAAAGUAUUUGGACCCAUUGAAGGCCAAUGCUCAAAUGGAGCCAUUGCUUCCAUUUCCACUUGUCAUGAAGGAUGAUGCAGUUUCACCUGACCCAAAAGAUGAUGACAUCUCUUAUUGCUCGCUAUGUGAUUUUGAGGUAAAGAAGCGAAGUAAGCACUGUAGAGCCUGUAACAGGUGUGUUGAAGGGUUUGAUCACCAUUGCAGGUGGUUAAACAAUUGUGUUGGCAAGAGGAAUUACACAACUUUCUUUCUUCUAAUGAUAUUUGUCUUGUUAAUGUUAAUCAUAGAAGGAGGAACUGCCAUUGCCAUAUUUAUAAGGUGCUUUACUGAUAAGAAAGGAAUAGAAAGGGAGCUGGAGAGGAGGCUACAUGUGGAAUUCCCAAGAGGGGUUCUUGCCACAAUAUCAGUUUUGUUGGUUUUAAUGACAGCUUAUAGUUCAGCAGCCAUGGGACAACUUUUCUUUUUUCAUGUGGUUCUCAUACGCAAGGGAAUGAGAACAUAUGAUUAUAUCCUGGCCAUGAAAGAGGUAAACGAAUCAAUUGAACUAGAUCCAUUGGAAGAUUCAGAUCUCUCUUCAGACUCGGAUUUUGACUCUCCUGAAAAAUCAACAAUUGUUUCACGGUUUUGUGGCCAUAGAGAAAAUGAGAACCCUGCAAGUCUGUCAAUAAAAAUUGAUAGGGGGGAUCCUGAGUCUUCCAACUUAACCAAGAAACAAGGCUUUCGUGCAAGCAUCAAUCCAUGGAAACUAAUCAAGUUGAGCAGAGAGAAAGCUGUGCUAGCAGCUGAGAAGGCCAGAGAAAGGAUUAUGAAACAGAAACCAGUCGAGCAACCAAAUUCAUUAAGGCCCCUACCGUCGGAGACUAAAUGUGGACCAUUGAUGAACCAAAACAAGAAUGUGAUCAAUGUGGAAUCAGGUUCAACACCACUUAUUUCCGAAGGGAGGGUUCCAGUGUCACUUGGAAGCCUCUCAAGUCCAAGAAGGCGUUUUUCUGGCUCCCAAAGCAUGUUUUCUGGCUACAUACCUUCGCCAAAGAAUAAAUACAGUAGCAGUUUUGAUUUGAAGUUGACAGAAGUUUCCAGGGAGCUCGAAACCUAUAUUUCGAGGCAGGUUUUGUGUUCUGUAAUGAAAAAAGAUGCCCAAGAGGCUUCCCCAAAAUAAUUAUUGCGCUUGAGUUUUUGAAUUCUCAGCCUUGGAGAAAGUUUUGUACAUUGAUUUAGUGUAUACAUACAUGUGUUUCUUUUCUUCUUCUUUUUAA